GAGAGUACGGCAUUUUUCUCGUGGGGUGGUGGCUAUGCCACGGAGGAAGUUCGCUGGCAAGCGGUGCAGACUUGGCUUGGGUGGGGGCUCGUGCUAUGGGGUUCUCUCCCAGGAGACAAAGAAUCAGCGUAUCACGCUGUUUUUCCGCGACUUCGACCAGCAGGCCAAGGAAAAUAUCCAGGAAAUGAAGAAGGAACUCGAUUCGCUUUUGCAAACAGCUGAGAAAGCGUUUACAGUAGAGCUGCUGAAGAUGCCGAUUGCCAUCAGGAAAGUGAAGAGAAAAGAUUUGCUUAGUUUGCGAGAAGGUGAGGAAGUGGCUCUUGCUGCUGCAGUGACUGACUGUUCUCUGGAAGACAUAGCAAAUCCAAAACUGGUGAGGACCAACAGCAAAAAAGUUAAGGUAACUACAAUUGUUGAAUAUGAAGAUGCCAAGCAUAUUUCUGCAAAGAAAAUAUCUAAAAAGAUCUCCAAAACAAAGUUGUUGGCUUCACUGUCACCUGGUUUAAAUGGCAAACUAAACCCUCUUUCUAGAUUUGGAAGCUGGACGCUGCCUUCUAGCACUGAUAAAGGACUGAAGGAACAUAGCUUCCACUAUUCAGCAGCUGCGGAGGACGCUCGCAGACGCCUCUCACAAAAAACAGAGGCAAGUACCCUCUUCCCUCCUGGAAAAACGGACGUGUGGGUUCAGGCUUAGGCUCAGCAUUUACAAUGCUUACUCAUUAAGAAUGUCUCAUUUAAGCUAGUCAUUAUCUUUAGAUUGCUGUUUAGAAAUAAACUCAUUUUUAUGUCUACUAUUGCUUUGUUAUUUAGGUUGCCUUUACAGCUGGUUCAACUUCCUAUACUGAUCUUGGUUACUAAAGCCAAGCAAGACCUAGAGAAUCACCACAGGGGUAAAGCCCGUGCCAGUCAAUCUGUUAUGUGUGGAAGGCAAGUGAUGUUGCCAGUAAUUGCCCUUGCGACAGCAGCUACUGGUCUAUGACAUAGCAUUAACAGCUGGUGUACUUCUCACUGUUCUUUACUGAAAUCUGUGAGAAGAAUUUAGUACUUGGUCGCCUACCAGUGGUCCUAGGUUCAUAAAUGAAAAAGACAUACUGCUACACAAAGUUACUAUGGAGGCUUGGGGGGAGGGGGAGUAUUCUUUUAUUCUUAUAGAAAUGGACUUCUUGGAGGGCAGCAAACUGAAAACACUUAUGUUGCUACUAUCCAUUGAUAAAUACAACCUUUUAUCUGUCGGUGCCCUCCACAUCCUUAAUAUGCACUAAUAAAAGAAAUACAGAAAGCAAAACCAUACUAAGAGAUCAGAAUACUGAUGUAAAAAUAAGGCAAACAUUAUGUUCUUGUUCUAGGAAUGUGUUCAAAUCAGAUCUGGCUUUGGACUUUUAAUGCAGUAUAGAUUGAAGCUAAGAUCUAACAAUGGGAGUUAGAAUAUUUUAUUUUUUUUUUAUGUUCUUGUAACUGAAGCUUUUUCAGGAGGUAGUACUUGUAAUCUAAUAAAUCAACAGGUUUUAUAUUUGCCUUGCAUUUGCACCUGAUAGUUCUGGAAAAAGUUAAAAGGUUUACAAGUUUCUAAUAAUUUACAGGUAUGAAAGGCUUUUUUUUUAAGUUGGGACAGCAAUUCUUACACUUUUAAAUUAAAAUAUAAUGGUAUAAACUGAACUUUUUCUAAACGUUCUAUUAUGGUUCUUUUUAUGUUUCUGACAUUAUAAGGGAUAACUUUGUUCUCGAUGCAUCUCAUGGAAGGGUGGUGAUUUCUAUUAUCCGUCCACAAUAUUUGUAUGUACUGUAAUAAAGGUAAUGUGCAUUUUUGUGGAACAGUCCUGUAAAGCCAAGAUCUUUCUUUUCAAUGUCUUUGAAAUAUUGUGCUAGUAACAGACAAUCUUUACUUUCAGAUGCAUGUUUCUAAGUUUGAUUCUCCUACAGGUGCUUCUUGUAAUGGUACUUCAGAUGUAUGAGACCUCCAAAUAAUAAAGCACGUGGUUUUGGGGUUUUGUUUUUUC